UAUCUCAACUUCUUAAUUCAGAACUUUGCAAUAAAUUUUAGGCAUUACUAGAUUAGACAGUUUGUUUGGAUAAAAAAAAUAUUGUGCAAUAAUGGACUGCAGGCGGUUCAAUUACGGAGGAGGUGACGUCGACUAUGAAGCACUUCCGUUGCAUCAUAUAAUCGACUAUUACAACUUGCCACUGGUAGGAGGAAUUCAUGCUAGCUUCGUAUUUCCUGAACUCCAGCAUCAAGCGCAGCUACUAUUUCAGGGGGAUGUUGAAAUAUUACAUAAUCGACUUAGACGCCAAUUUGAAAUUCCUGAUUCAGCGUUCGACAUUUCCUUUCAACAUCUAUGGAUUGGGUCCACCAUAAUAACUUUUGAAACAUUUAAAUUUAAAAUGGAUUACAGCCGCGACAACAGACAAAAGCAAUUGUUGUUCCAACAACGCUUGGAUCUAUUAAUCAAAGAAUAUUACGUCCGACGAUUGGUGGAAUUAGCAGAGCUCGGCUGGCAACAGUGGACCCAAAACCAUGCAAAUAGAAAUUCUUGAAUUUAGCGAAACUGUAA